AUGUCCAACUCACAGCUGCAAGGCAGGGUAUCCUCCCCUGUUGUCAACCGGAAAGCAUCUGCAUGGAUACAUAGGGAGCCGUGUAUGGAGACGGGCAUGCCACUCAAUGCGCCUCAUGUUCGCGAGUCUGUACCUCCCGCAAUGAGCUCUCAGACACUCUCACCAAAGUUGGAUUCUACGUCGCGCUCUCAAUUUCCCGUGACGGCAGAGGAAGAGUAUAUCCAGGAUUUCAUGGGGACAGCGCUGAAGGAGCUUGAAAAUGAGGCAUCUUUGCAAGAUUCCAGUAAUCAUCCUGGUAUGGGCCUGUUGCUUUCCUUGUCAGAUAAGCUGGCGCCCACCAUGGACGUGCCCGGAGCUAGCGGCCCCGACGCCGUGUCCGAACCCUCGCAGAGAGCGUCGUCCACGGAUAUUGGCUCAUACAACAAAUCAAUGGGUGUUUCGAGUCCCGUGGUGCCAUCCUCGCUCGCCACUCCAACUCCCUCCCUCUUUGCCCCGCCCUGUACGCCGUUUGACCACAGUAUUCAUCUGGACACAGUUGCAUCAGUAGCGUCAGAAGCUGCUGCGACUCAGUACAAAGAGCCUGCAGAGUACCGAUCAAAGAGGCUUGGAAGCUUGGAGAACCCUACCUCAGGACCAUUUCCGUCCCCUGACCUGGCCCCUUUUACGCCCUCAUCCUCGAACGCUUACUUGUACAUGCUUCGUCACACAGCCGUCAAGGACUCUAACCUUUCCGUGGAUGGUCAUCUGAUUGGAAAGUCCCAGAUAUCCCCACCUUCCGUGGCGCUCAGUACACCAAACGCCACUGCGCGUCCGGAUAUGAGUCCCGCGUCAACGCCCGCAAUAAUUGAUGACCUAACUGCUUCGGCACAGCCCGUACAAGGUGAAGCACCUAUUGUGACAAGGGACUCUAACUUACCCUGUGCAUUGCCUAAUGCUUCCUUCCUGGAUGACGAACUUAAGCAACGACAGGUCAUCGAAGAUGCUGUAAGAACACUGAAUGCGCACCAUCAGUUGGCACAGACAGCUGCCUUGCAACACCAUGAAUCUUUGAACCUGACAGUGCCCAGCCAUUCUGCUACUAAGGCCCCGCUGCUCAACACUGCUACUACAGGACAGGUUAUGGCAGAUGAUCCAUCCAGUACAUUAUCGAAAUGCACGAUGGGCGUCGAUGGCAAGCAAAACAAACGGGCCAAGAUUGGUGAUGCCAAGAUUCCCGAAUCAACGGAGACGUUGCAGAAACGGUUCCAGUGCCCCAAAUGCUCUCGUGCAUUCGCCAGAGCCUACAAUCUUAAUACCCACCUUUCCACACAUGACCCGGACCCAUCGCGUGCGAAGCCGUUUCCUUGUCCAUAUCGUUCAUGUCGAGCUGAGGGUGGUCGCUCAUUCUCUCGGAAGCAUGACCUUCAGCGGCAUGUAGCAAGCGUGCAUGAAUGGGAACCUGAACCUGGGGUCCACGGUGAUACGUCAGAGGUGGGAGAAGGACAGGAGACUGGCGGUCUCGCGAGCCUGGGCCUCGGAGCACCUGGCAAGAAGUUCAGGUGCGAGCAGUGUGGGCGUGGUUUCGUUCGACGGGAUGCCCUUCGUCGUCACCAUUGCGAGCGCACCAUGACAAACGCUGUGCGUAAGACAAUGCCCAACACCACCAAUGCCUCGGCCCUUCCGGUGCGACCGCUACCCAGUCACGUCUCUUCCCCUAUGGAAUUGGCACGAGGAAGCGGGGGUGGCGAGCCGAUGUCGUCAGAGACCCGACUUUUUACGCGGGACAUGGUCGUUGGACAAUCCAAAUCGGUUAAUACCACGUCCGCGCCAAUGGAGCGCAGUCAUGCAACGGGCUUAGCGACUGCUUCUGUAUGA